AUGGAGCUUUCUUCAAGAAUUGAUGCAGGGCAUGGGCUUUGGCGACAAAUGGACGACAUGGAUUAUGGAACAGCAUCAAUGUCCAUUCUUGUUAACGGUUCUCCGACUUCGCCGUUUCAAUUGCAGAGGGGUUUGAGACAAAGAGAUCCACUUUUGCCUUUUUUGUUUCUUUUGGUAGCAGAAGCCUUUAAUAGACUGGUUAUCAAUGGAAAAGAAAUCGGUGAGUUUGAGGGAAUUUUAGUGGGGAGGAAACUAUUUCCAAUAACCCACCUGCAGUUUGCCGAUGACACAAUCCUAUUCACACCGGCCGACAAGAGGAUUUUAGACAACUACAAGAAAUUUCUUAAGUGCUUUGCUCUUCUUUCGGGGCUUAAGAUAAACUACCAUAAGGCGGCCCUCAUUGCGCAAAUCUAA